AUGGCCAUCAACCCUAACGAAGAUACAGAAUUUAACGAUGCGUUGCGCAAGCACGGAAUCCUUCCUCCUAAGCCUCCGACUCCUCGGACACCCUCGCCUCCCCCUCCUCCGACCCUCGAGGAGAGAUAUGCGGAUUAUACCGCAGCACAACUGAGGGAACUUGCGGCAGAGGCACCCGAUGACGAAACGGAGCGGCUUCUAGAGCUGAUUCGGCGGAAGAGAUUACAGGAAGCCCGGAAGAUGGAGGCGGCACGCUUCGGACGCGUAUACCCCAUUUCUCGAGAAGACUACACUCGCGAGAUCACCGAAGCUAGCAAGGUCAACGAGGACGGCGACGCGAUGGAGCGCGGGACGGGCGUCGUCGUGUUCUUGUAUAAGGACGGAAUCCCUCACAGUGAUCGUGUUAAGGAGCAUAUCAACGUUCUCGCACAACGCCAUCCACACACGAAGUUUGUCUCCAUCGUAGGAGACAAAUGCAUACCUAAUCUCCCUGACGCACGGUUACCGAUGCUCAUCAUCUAUCGAAAGGGCGAGAUUUUGAAUCAACUCGUCGCCUGGGGUGCCGAUCGCGAGCGGCGCAUCGAAGAGCUCGAGGCGGUGCUCAUCUUGGCGGGGGCGAUUAUACCGCAGCAGCGCUUUCCACCAGACGUGGAUAAGGAUGGCGAUGGCUCCGAUUCGGACUUAGAUGACCUUGACGACGACGACCCAUCGUCGCGGAUGCGGUCUGCGAGCACAAGCGUGAAUGCCAAGGCACCAAAUAAUUUGAGGGGAAAGAAGGGUGAUGAUUCAGAUUCAGACUUCGAGUUCGAUUUGUGAGCAGAGCGAAGGAUCAUAUACAGUAGCAAUCAACCAUGUAGCAUAAUAUCUUCAAGGCUUUACAGCGGCAGAUGGUAUAUAUUCUCGACG